AUGUUCAAGGCUCUGAUGGGCAGUCGGUCAUCGUCGUCUACCGAUGUGCGCUCCAAGAGCCGGCGCAAGACCGACAACUCCGACGCCAAAUCCACCUCAAGUCGCAAAUCCUCACGGGGUGACGACCGUGACCGCGGCCUGGGUGAUUUGUCCUCGUACUCACCAUCGGGCUCCCGCAGUAAGCGUGGGCCAUCUAGCAUCGCCGGCGACUCGAUCGCUUCCAGCUAUGUGACCGCAGAACCGGAACCCAUUGAUGAUUCCGAUCGCUACAUCAUUGAGCGCACUCCCAAACGCAGAGACAGUGACCGGGAUAGCAAGAGUUCUCGCCGCCGCGAACGCGACCGAUCCGUGAGUCCAGAUCGUGAGAGGAGAAGAAGCCGACGGGCGACGGAAGAUACUCUGGAUGAUGACUUGGAUCGGGAGCGGGAGCGCGACCGCCGUGAGCGUCGUCGCACCCAGUCUGGGGACCCUUAUGUGCCUCCGGUCUCUACGAGCAUGCCGCCUAGCGCCCCCGCCGUACAGUUUGCCACCGACAUUGCGGCACCCGGCUUCUCACAGUUUCCCAUGCAAUAUGAUACUGGCAUGCCUCCUACCGGCCAUUCACCAGAUCAUGAGGUGCCUUAUGAUCCUCAUGUCCAGCAACAAUUCCCUGGUCAAUUCCCAGAGGGUGUUGCGCAGCCGUACCUGCCGAUGAAUCCUGCCGGCGCUGCGGCAGACUACUACGGUGACCAAGGUCAGUCUGUAGAGAUGCAGCCCGGUGUUCGCCCAGCGCCUCCAUCUGUGCUCCCCAACACUCAAGCGCACUUGAUGGCCGCAUCCCCCACGGCCAAUCCUCCCCCAGAGCCCAGUAGCAUGGGUCAGACUGGUGCGGCGGCGGCUUAUUUCGAUGAUGAUUUCCAUGUCCCUGCGCAAGCCGCGAAGCCUCCGACGGCGUCUUCAUCCAGACCUUCUAAACCCUCAAAUCCUUCGAAGCCUAGCAAGCCUUCUUCAUCGAGCGUGCUUCCUGCUGCCGCUGUUGGAGCCGCUACCUAUGGGAUUAGUGGCAUGAUGUCUCACUCUCACAACGAACAACACUCUUCGUCUGAGGUGCAUCACUCUAGCUCUUACAACCAGCCAAUGGCCCAAUCUAUGAGCCAGCCAAUGACCCAGCCGAUGGCAAGCAGCAACCACAAGCCCACACACAAGCCUCCUCACUCGCACAGCUUCAGCGAAGGUGUCGGCCUCGCAGCUGCUGGUGGUGCGGCUGGAUACAUGAUGGGUCACCAUCAUCACUCCUCGAGCCCGGAGCACGCUUCGCAAUACAGCUUCCAGAACUACGAGGGCUCGUCUCAAGCUGGUAUCCCACCGUAUGCCCCCGGUUAUCCCAACCACAACCACACCCACAACAACGCCCUAUAUGCUGGAGGUGCAGCAGGAUACGCUUCUAAUGCUGCUCAUAACCCCGGAUUCUAUCCUCAUGGCCCCGGUGCGCUUGCUCUCCAGGAGCGCCAGCGUGGGCCCCUCGGACGAUUCGUUGAUUUCUGGCGGGACCCCGAGGCCGUUGGAAGAUUCGAGGACUACACGGAGACAAUUGGCGUGUGCAAAUACUGUUUCCAGCCCGGAACGAGCUCCCUGGAUGCGCCUCGCAAGCAUCACUAUGACAGACGUCGCCGGCACUCCGCUGAUCGGCACAGCAGUGCCAGCUCGUCCAGAGUGAGCAAGGUCAGCCGUUACCAGUCAUCUGAAGACGAAGGUCGCCGACGUAACAAGUCCAAGAAGUCCUCGUCAUGGCUGCCUGGCAUGCUGGCUGGCUAUGCGACGAAGUCACUCUUCUCGAACAAGGAGUUCGAUGAUUCGUACAGCAUCCGCUCUGGCCGAGUAGCUUCCUCUCAUGAGGAAGAUGACCGCAGGAGCUACACUUCUCGUGGCGUGACUCGCCGUUCUGGUCACAGUCCCCAGAGAGAUUACCAGUCGGACAGUAAACGCCCAUCCGGAUACUCGCGACGGACACGCUCCCGAUCCCGUUCUUCAUCCCGUUCUGAGCGACAUUCAUUCUUGAAGGAGGCUGCCCUGGGUGCUGCAGUUGGUGGGGCUGCGUUGGCUGUUACCAAGUCGCGUAACCGCUCCCGCAGCCGGUCUCCUGGAAGAGAUCAACGUCGCAAGGAUUCAUCCUCUUCAUCGUCCUUUGUCAAUGUCUCUCGCCCCUCGAAGAAGUCUGUCGCCGGUGGUAUCGGCUCCUUCUUCACUUCCUCAUCGGAGAACCGGAAGAAGCGUCAGAGCAAGAAGCGCAGUGGUUUCUUCUCCUUCAAAGGUGGUUCGUCAUCUUCUUCGCUUGAUAACGAUCUUGCCUUUGGAGAUGGGUUUUCCAAGAAGUCUUCUAAGCUCAAGAAGAAGGACAAGAAAGGCAAAGAUGUUGAUGCCGCUUUGGUAGGACUUGGUGCUACUGCAACUCGCCUGGCUGGCUCAUCGCCUAAUAUCCCUAGCCGCAGUGCAGGCCAGAUGUACACCAAAUCUCGUCAUUCAAACUACACUUCCUCUGCCAACGACGACGAGUGGAUCGAUGAAUCCGAGGACCAGUCUGCCUCAAGUGUCUCCUCCGCGCUAGCAUUCGGAGCAAGCAGCGCUGAUUCGUCCUCCGACUCAAGUAGUCGUUGGGGCUGGCGAUGGGGCAGCAAGAAGGACAAAAAGAAGAAAGACAAGAAGUCCAGUCCCACCAACACUGCUCUCGCAAUUGGUGCUGGUGCUCUCGGAGCCGCUGCCAUUUCUUCUGCUCGUCACCGUGAUAGCGAGCCCCCAAGCAGCUCUGGCAGUCUCCAGCAAGUCUAUCCGAUGCCCACUUCUGACCCAUCUCGCUUCGAUGUUGCCAAGAUGUCUCCUUCUGUCUCUGGUGGCCACCCGGCCCUCGUCCGCCCUGGACCUAUUCCCCUCCAGCAGCCACAGCCUGUCACCCCUGUCUCGCAAGCCGUGUACACUACCCAAGGAGGUCUGCCAGGAUCGAUCCCUGCCUACAGUGCACCAGUUGUUCCUCCUGCCUUUGCCGCCAACGGAUUUGGGCCACAUGACAUUCAGCUCCACGACUCUCGGGAUGCCAUAUGGGCUCCCGAAGUUCCUCAAUCCGAAGGUCGCAGACCCCAUCGGCGCAGCGACUCCUUCCCUGUUUUCCCUAUUCAGGAAACUGCUUCUGGCCUGAAGCGCCGGUCAACCGCCAAGGACCAGGCUUCCGUUCAAUUCAACUUGACGGAGGAGCAAGCAGCAAGGGAACGCCGCCUUGAUCGCCGUGACCGGAACUCCCGAGACGACUUUGUCGACCCGCAGCCUCUUCAAUUGCUCGAUGGAGAGGACGAAAAACGCCAGGAGACCGAACGUCUUGUUCAUCGCCGCAGGGAGCGAGAGGAAGAAGAUCGCCUGGAGGCUGAACGUCUUGACCGUCGUCGCAAGGAGCGCGAGGAGGAGAAGCGCCGAGACACUACUGAAAGGGAGAAGGACUCCUCAGCUUGGGUUGGAGUAGCUGCUGCUGGAGCUCUUGGCGCUGCGGCUGCUAGCACCGUUCUUUCUCGCAAGACGGACGACGAUGAAGCCUCUGAAGCCAGCCUGCGACGCAACGAACGCCGGGAGAAACGCCGUGCUGAGCGUCGCCGUGAUAGUGACAUUGAUGCCGAGUCCUCACUUGUGUCACGGUUCGAGCCUAUUCAGCCUAUUGAAGAAGUGCCAGCGGUGGAACACCGCGAAGAGAAGAAGCCACGCUCUCCUCGCCGUGCUUCUCCUCGCAAACCCCAAGUUUACGAAGAUUACGCAGAGUUCUUCGCUCCCGAAGAGCUACGACACAGCCCUGAUGACCAGAAGCGCAGCGGCUCUGGCGAUAUGCCCACGAUUGUGGAAAUUGAGCCCGCCAGUGAGCGCCGUGCUCGCGACGAACCUCCACGCGAAGAGCCGGACUAUUCGCACGAGCCUUACAAAAAUGUUGACCACCUCCCAUGGCCAGUUCCCCGCCUCAACUUCAUUGAGCCGACUCCUCCCCAGAGCGUAAAUGGUGGAUCCGUUCGCGAUGCUACUUCCCCCAUUGAACCACCUGUAGAUACAUCAUCCUAUGAUACCAAGCCUCGCGAACGAUCAACCACUGGCUCCCGCGUCUCCUGGGGCGACGACAAGACCCAUGAAUACGAGAUCCCAUCUUCCUCCGAACAGGAUCCCCUGGAGCAUGACGUCUCUCCUUAUGAGGAGGUCCCUCCCAAGGAUGUCCCACUGCCAGUGUCGGAGAUCAGUUCCACCAGGGAGAUUGCUAGCAAACCCGAAUACGGAACCGACAUCGAAUUCGCCGCCACCAUUGCUGCCGCGACCGCCGCUGCUGGAUUUGAUCCCGCUAUGAUUACCGAUGACCCAUCCUACCAUACCCGCACUUCUCCUCCUGGAUCAGAGGAUGAAGGACGUUUCAAGUCAUCCUGGGCGCCGUCAGCCCGUAAGGAGCCCCACGGGUUCGUUCAAGGUGAAAUCGGAGAAGUUGCACCCAAGACAAUUAAGGAUGUGUCGUCUUCCAAGCACAUCACCGACAAGGAUGAACUCUUCUUCGACGAACCAGAGUCCUUCUCGAAAAAUGACGAUAUCUCCUCGGGACGCCGUGACAAAUCCUCCAUUGCCCAGGAGGUUCUCGAGCGGUUGAACGGCAAGCGUGAUAAGCAAGAUCAACCUACUUCUCCGGAGCGCGAGCGCGAGCGUGAUGUUGAUAUUGAUGCCUUUUCCAUGCCUGGUGGCUUUGAUGCUGCUGAUUCGAGAGAUCUCGUUGAAUCCCGUGAUGAGAGAUCCGUUUUCUCUGCUCCUGGCCCUGUUACUCAAGACCCCGAGUCGCCGACUCAGUCCAAGAAAUCCAAGUCCAAGAAGAAGUCUAGGAAGAGUGUUGAUGCCUUCGAGAUUGAGACAAAGGAGCCGGCACCAGAACCAGAGCGUCAACCUGAGCCUGUGCCAGAGUCUGUGCGUGAACCCGAGCCCGAGGUCAUCGAGGUUCAAGAUGAAAACCGCUCUAUUGUUUCUGCCCCCGCUACCAAAGACGAAAAAUCUAAGUCUAGAAAAUCCAGACGCAGCGGUGGUGACUUCGAUAUCGCCCCAUUGCAGGACAUUACUGAGUCUCGCGAUGACACCCGCUCUGUCUUCUCUGUGCCUGCCACGAAGGAUGAAACAUCCAAAUCACGGAAGACUCGACGCAGCGGUGACGAUUCCGACAUCUACAGAUCGCGAGAAGUGCCUGAAUCUCGAGAGCCUCCUUCCCCUGUCACUACUGCUCCCGUUCCCAAAGAGUAUGAGUCUCCCAGAUCAAAGGCAUCCAGACGAAGCGGCGAUGAAUUUGAAAUUGUCUCAUCCCGAGAUAUUUCGGAGUCUCGUGAUGAUCGAUCUGUCUUCUCUUCCCCCGCCACCAAGGAUGAGACCAGCAAGUCUAGGAGAUCUAGACGAAGUGGUGACGACUUUGACAUUUCUCGUUCGCGCGAUGCGGCUGAGUCUCGGGAUGAUACUCGCUCUGUGUUCUCUGUUCCGGCUACCAAGGAUGAGACCAGCAAGGCAAGGCAGUCUCGACGCAGCGGCGAUGACUUUGACAUUUCCCGCUCUCGCGACCCAUCUGAAUCUCGUUCUGUUACGUCGGAGUCGGCUAGACAUAGGACAUCGCGCCGAAGCGGUGAUGAUUACGUCUCCCGAUCACGCGACGUUUCUGAAUCCCGUUCUGUUGCUUCUGAGUCUUCUAGACACAGAAAGUCUCGCAGAAGCGGUGAUGAUUUUGAUCCUCCCGGUGACACUGAAACCCCUCUGCCCGAAGACGGAGAGGACGGCGAGGAGAAGAAGAAACGCCGGAAGCGCCACUCCAGACAUGGCAGCGAGACAUUCUCCAUUGAUGACGAUGCUCGUUCUGCUGUCACAGAUCUUGCGGACGACAAGUCUGAGCGCCGCAAGCACCGUCAUCGCUCCUCGCGCGACAGCAACUUCGAUGAUACUGCCUCUGUAACGUCUUCUCCUGCCAGGAUUAGCGAGUCCCGCGAGAGACGUAAGGCCAAGGAUGAAGAAAAGGAGAAGAAGCCGGGUGGCUUCUUGAGAAGCAUCUUUGGCUCGCAGGUCUCAGCUCCCGCUGAGGGUACCCGCUCAUCCUCGCUGGAUAAGCGUUCCUCCCGCGAAGCCCUGUCUGAGGCUGGUGUCGAUGAUGAGCGCCGUCGCCGCAAGAAGCGUUCCUCUAAACACCGCAGCUCCAGCAAUGGAGAUGAACUGGAAGAUGCGUCUGACAAGGAGAAGGAUGCUGAGGAUGGAACGAAUCUGGAGGAUUACAGGUCUAGUAGACAGCGCAAGGAGGAGCGACGUCGGCAUCGGUACGAGGAAAUUGUGGAUUCAGGACGGAAACGUGAUUCUGAGAAGGACCUUAAUGACGACCACGACAAUCAAUCUUUUUUAAACGAGCGCCCCGAAACGCCAGCCGCGGCUGAGCGCGAUGAUGAUGUACGUGGUGCUUCGGGGCUCCCAGCAUCGGCAGCAGAAACUGCUCUCGGUGCAGCUGCAGGCUUAGGCUUAGGCAAGAUCUUGCAGCAAAGACCCCGGAGCCGCUCGACGUCUCCUCCAAGCGCCGAGAAAGCCCUCGACCUCACGCCCAAGUCUCAGAGCAGACCUGCUUCACCUGAAACAAGCCGAUCCCCCAACGCACGCCGCGGCUCCGUGGCCAAGUCAAUCACCGAAUCUCCAACAGCCGUGCCUCUGCACUUCCGCCGGCCCCCAACAUCACCGGGUCUGCCCCGCGCUGUCCCCGUCGAAGCGCCUCACGUUGAAUCCCCCGGCUCACCAAGCCACCAGCGCCACCGCCGUCCUGGCUCAGUCGAGUUCCGCAAUUCCCGCGAGAUCAGGCCGCUGUGGUUAGUUGAGCGCCAUAGCUCUGUCAAGGGCGAGGCUGAGCCUCAAGAGGGAUUGCCCUCGCUCCCGUCCAGCAAGACCUCUUCCCGUGUCCCAUCCAUUGAAGACCUAAAGGCCCUCAAUGACGAUGAUGGCGUUCGGACCUGGGAGCAGGUGGACCUGAGUCACUCGAUUAUGGAGAACCGUCGACCUACCGGUCUGACAAUCGAAACCGACCACGCUAACGAGAACCAUAAUCGCGAGAUUGAUCUCCUCGACUCGCAGCAGGCUACUCCUACCGCUGAGCACUUCGAGAGUUCUAGCCACUCCGCUAAGAAGGAGAAGCUCAAGUAUGAGUUCCAUUCUCCUUCUGAGCUUUUGCGGAACCCUGAUAACUUCGAGCCGUUGCCUGGCUCGCCUACUUUGGAGGCUCUUCCUUCUGCCGAGGGGUCGGUGGUUGGUCCUAAGGACAAGGAGGCUGAGGAGGAACCUGCCGAGCAGGAGGCUCAGCUUGAACCUGAAACUCCCACCCGGGAGAAGGAAUCCCUCCCUAGUGGUGGCGAUGUUGCCAAGGCCGCUGGCUUCGCUGGUAUAGUGGAUGCAGCUGCCAUCGCCGCCGUGAAGAACAAGGAGUACCAACACUCCGCCGAACACGCAGAAGACUCUGAACCUCGCGCCCUGCCAGAAGCUGAAACGGAAGCUGCCGCCGCCGAGCCCAAGAUUCACGGCUUCGGCGAUAUUGUCGACGCAGCUGUUGCAAGAGAAAUUGCUUCGCACGACAAGGCACCCGUCGACGAAGAGAUCGGAGAGCCGGGCACUGCAAUCGAAGAGAAUGCACCCGUCCAACUCGACUCUACACAGCCAGUCGAGGCAACAAAGGAGAUUAUAGAAGAACCCAUCCCUGAACCGAUAGAACAGUCUGCUGGGCCCGCUGACACUGAGACUGCCGAAGAGACUGCCAUGACUCCGGCUCAGAAGCGCAAGGCCAAGAAGAACAAGAAGAAGAACAAGAGUCAGGGUCAGAGUGUUGACUUUGUUCCUGAAGAGACUGCUUCUGUUGUUCAAGAGGAUGCUUCUAAGGAGGUUAAGCAAGCCCCUGUUGCCGAGACGCCUGCUGUUCAAGAUGCUUCCGUUGAGGUUGACACUACUCCGGUUAAGUCCGAGGCCGUUGCUCCUGCCCAGGAAGAUAUUCCCGAGACUGCUCAACCCCAAGCUGAAGCUGAGCCCGUUGAAGCGCCCCGCGAGAUUGUGGCGGAGCCAGAGAUCUCACCUGAGCCUGAAGUUCCUGCGCCCUCUGCGGAGGAAGAUGCUACCGCUCAACAGCCCACCGAAACUGAGCAUGCCGGAACUGAGCCCGCUGGAGCAUCUCGCGACCUCGGACUUGAUUCUUCUGCAGCUGUUGCUGAGACUUCCGAGCCUGUUAGUGCGCCCGAACCUGUGGCCGAGCCCGAAGUUGCUUUGACGGCUGCCCAGAAGAAGAAGGCUAAGAAGGACAAGAAGAAGAAGAACAAGUCCAAGGACACUUCUGCUGAAGAGCCUGCUGAUGAUGUGGCUACUUCUCAACCUCAGGAUGAGGUUAUUGCUUCUACCGAGACAGCCAAGCAAGAGGAGGCUGUACCCAGCGCCGAAGAGCCUGUCCUACAAGCAGAGGGCUCGGACAAGAACAUCGAGGAGCAGGAAGCCACAGAGCCUGUCUUCACCGAUGCCAAUGAGACUGCCGUUCCUGAAACUACGCGACCGGAAGAUGAGGGAGUAUCUCGAACCCUGGAAGACAUCGAGAAGCCAGUUGAAGAAGCAACCCUCGUAGCUUCGGAGGAUCUCACCGCCCCUGCGGUCACCGAACCAACCAAAGAAGACUCCGAAGGGGAGGACAACUUCCAGGAAGCCGUUGAAGAGCAAGACCCUCAGCCCAUCGAAGAGAAGGAGCCCGAGAUUGUACCGGAGCCCACAGCAGAGCUUGUCUCCGAGCCCCCCGCUGAGCCUGCCGCUGAGCCGGCCUCUGAAGUUCCAGCCAAUGUGCCCGCAGAAGCCCCCGCAGAGCCCCAGGAGACAAAGGCCCAGAAAAAGAAGAACAAGAAGAAGAACCGCAAAUCUGCCGCUGUCGAAGAGAUCUUAGUUCCCACCGAGGAAGAGCCAACACCUGCCCCUGAGGGCGAAACCGCAGAGUUCAAAUCUGCUUCGACCGAGCCUGCAGAUACCCAGAUUUCUGAAACUCGCGGUGAAGCCUUGCCUUCUGAUCCUGAACAGCCUGCCAAGGAUCUCGAGCUGCCUUCUGAGACAGCCACCGAAGAACCUGCUGCUGCACCAGAGCAGCAGGAUGUCCCUCCAGCUGAGUCUACCGUCGAUGUUGCCCCUGCUCUAGUUGACGUAGAGGGCCCUACAGAAGAGACUGCUCAUGAAAUAGCCCAGCCAGCUGCCGUUGAGACUCAGGAAGUCCAGGCUGAGACCGCCGCUGAACUUGAACCUGAAUCUCAACCUCAAUACGAAGCUGAAGCAGAGGAUGGGGCCGAGCCCGAGGUUGCCUUGACUGCUGCGCAGAAGAAGAAGGCCAGGAAGGACAAGAAAAAGAAGAACAAGCAGAGCCAAUUUUCUGUUCCUGAUGAAGAACAGCCUGCUGAGUCUGCACCUACUGAGCCUUCUUCGCCGGCAACUGAGACUGUACCUGCGGCCGAGCCUACUGCUAAGGAGGUCCCUUCGGUGCCCGAAGAGGUGUCGGCUGGUGUGGUGCCUCAAGAUACUGAGAAGGGGGUGCGCAUUGAGUCUGAGCAGUCCGUCGAGCCUGAGCAACCCGCCGAGCUCGAAAAGAUUGUUGAGCCAGAGCAGCCUCAAGAAGAAGGAGCGCCCACUUCUAUCCCGGAGCCCACUGUAGAGGAGACAACCGCAGAGACUCCGAAGGAAGAGCCCGCAGUACUGGAGGAACAGGUCCAAGCAGAAGAAGCCCCUGUCGAGCCCGAGGUCCCCAUGACUGCAGCCCAGAGAAAGAAGGCCAAGAAGGCUGCGAAAAAGAAGCAGGAGGAAGAAGCGGCCCUCGCUGCUGCUUCUGACAAUGCCAACCCUGCCGAGCCUGAGCCCGUACCCGAGGCUGAAUCUACUGAGACUCCUGCUCCGGUGGAGGAUCCCGCAGUGGUGGAAGAUAAGCCUGCUGAGAUUAAACAAGACGCUGCGCCUGCGGCUGAAAUUGAGGCUCCUACCACCGAGGAAACACCCUUGCCAGCGGACACUGAGGUCGCCGAGUCAAGCCAAGACCUUGAGCCCCCCACCGAGGAUGUGCCCGCGGUAGCCGACGUCGAGCCUGCUGAGGCUAGUGCUGAUGUUGUUCCUGCAUCGGAGGAAGCUCCUGUCUCCGCUGAUGUACCCCAAUCUGAGGAGCCAAAGCCCGAAGAUGCAACCCUAGCACCUGCUGAAGAAGCCACACCCGCAGCAGUUGAGACUGAAACUCCUCAAGAACCAGAGGCACCAGCAGAGCCCGAGGUGCCAAUGACUGCCGCCGAGAAGAAACAAGCCAAGAAGAACAAGAAGAAGCAGCAAACAGAGUCUGAGUCUGCUCCCGCAGAGGAAGCUGCCCCUUUAGUCGAGGAGACAAAGGCCACCGAAGAAGCCACCGCCCCUGUGCCAUCUCCGACUGAGGCAGCGCCCGAAGUUGAAACCGAGACCACAGCCCAAGAGGAGCAAACCCAGGAUACUCCCGCUCUCGACAAAGAAGCUCCGACAGAGCCGGUCUCCGAUGGGACUGUUGCUGCUCCCGAACCUUCUGAAGAGGCUACCGACGUUCAAGAUGUGGCUCAAGACGCUGCUCCAGAGGGCGCGGCCGAACCGGAUGCCCCUAUGGAAAAUCUCCAGGAAGAGCAGAAAGCCGAUGCUGCUUUGGAACAGCCUUCGGAGGAGAAGUCCCCGGAUGACAAGGAGCCAGUCGCCGAGGAGACUCCAAUCGCAGAAUCUAUCGAGGCUGCAGCACCAGAGGAGGCCGCCCUAACUCCAGCUCAGAAGCGAAAGGCUAAGAAGGACAAGAAAAAGAACAAGGGACUCUCAGCUACCCCUGAAGAACAGCAGCCUGCACCCGCUGAAGAGGAGUCAAAGCCUAUGCCUGUGGAGGAAGAGACCGUGGCCGUUCCUACUGAGGAAGAACCCACGCCUACUCCUGCCGAGGAGCCUGCGGAGCCUACCAGCGAACCACCCUCCACUGACAAAGAGGUUGAGCCCCCUGUCCCGACAGAGGAAGCGAGACCCGAGGAGGCAUCCCCAGAGACUUUGCAACAGGAUGCCUCUGCCGAUGCAGCCGCAGCUGAGGCCGCUGAAGAGGCCGCGAUGACUCCAGCUCAAAAGCGCAAGGCCAAGAAAGACAAGAAGAAGCGACAGUCACUUGCCGCUGAAGAGCUACAAGCUACACCUAUAGAGGAAGAGCCAAAGUCUGUGCCUGCUGAAAAAAUGGUCGAGCCUACACCUCCGGCAGAGUCAACAGAGCCUGCGCCACCCCAGGAUGUUGAGCAACCUGCGGGUGACAAGGAGAUUGAACCUCCUACCGUGGUAGAGGAAGCGAAGCCCGAGGAACCGUUACCUGAGAACACCCAAAAUGAUGCCCCUCCCGAUGAAGCGGCAAUUGAGGCCGCUGAAGAAGCUGGGAUGACAUCCGCCCAAAAGCGGAAGGCCAAGAAAGACAAAAAGAAGCGCCUGUCUCUUGCCGUUGAGGAACAGCAGCCCGUAGCCGCCGAGGAAGAGGUAAAGGACACGCCUGUUGAAGAAGGUUUAAAGGGUGUGUCCACUGCAGAAGCCACGGAGGCUAAUGCAGCAGAAACGACAGAGCUUGCGCCAGCUCAGGAGAUUGAACAGCCCACUUCUGAGAAAGAUGCCGAGCCCCCUGUUGUUUCCGAAGAAGCCCCUAAGGCCGAGAAGCCUUCACCAGAGGAGAGCACUCCGCAAGAUGCUCCUGCGGAUACAACAGCCGCCGAGGCUGCCGAAGAAGCUACCAUGACUCCCGCUCAGAAGCGCAAGGCCAAGAAAGACAAGAAGAAGCGCCAGUCACUUGCUGCUGAAGAACAGCAGCCUGCGCCAUCUGAGGAGCUGCCUGCAGCUACUGAGGAGGAGACCAAGGCUGCACCCGCCGAAGAUGUGUCCGCCGAGCCUGCACAAAGCCAGGACAAUGAGCAACCUGCUUUGGCUGAGGAUGUUGAGGCUCCUGUAGCCACAGAUGAAGCGACAAACCCAGAGGAGCCCUCGCCAGAAGAAAGCACCCAGCAGGAUCUCCCCGCUGACACUGCCACACCGGAGGCUGUGGAGGAGGAAGCAAUGACCCCCGCUCAAAAGCGCAAGGCCAAGAAAGACAAGAAAAAGAAUCGCAAGUCUGUCGCUUGGGGUGAUGAGGAAACUGCUUCGCAGGCGCGCGAACAGGACUCUUCUGUACCCGAAGAAAAGCCCUAUUCGCAGGAUACUUCGGCCGAACCUACUGUCACUUCUGAAGAUGACGCCAAGGAACUUCCCGUUGCCGAAAAAGCGGCCGAAGCUGCCGCUGACAAGGACGUCUCAGUACUCGAGACCCCUGCUUCGGGCGAGCCAGAGAAGACAGAGAAGGUUGCUCCAUCUGAAGAAGCCAAGGAGAUUACUGAGCAGGAACCCUCUUCCCCUGUUCAGCCCGAAGAGGAAUCGAAGCCUACGUCAGAUCCUCAGUCACCCAGCGGACAAGAUGCUGAAGCACAGGAGGAGGCUGGCAUGACAGCAAAGGAGCGUCGCAAGGCAAAGAAGAACAAGAAGAAGGGCAAGUCUGUUGACUUGACCGACGACGCCCCCAUUGAAAAAGAGGCGGCUCCCGAGACUCCUGCUGAGACACCUGCCGAUUCGCCAGCUGAGCCAACACCGGGCCCGGAGGAUGGGCAGGCCGUCGAGGCUGAGACCCCCAAGAUAGAGGAACCCGCGACAGUUGAGCCCGCAACCGAAGAUGCGCCAAAGGAGGAGAACACCGAGCAGCAUCCUGCCACCGAGACCGCCACCGAGACCGAGCCAGCCCCAUCACCAGCCGAGCCAGCGGAAGAAGUUGAAAUGUCAGCCAAGGAGCGCCGCAAAGCAAAGAAGGCCAAGAAACGCCAGUCCAAGAAUGCCGACGCCGAUAAUGACGCCUCUUCCGCGCCGCCAACCGAGCCCGGCACGCCCGGUGAACCUGCUGACAGCGUCGAAAAAGUCCUUACCUCUACGGACACCCCGGGACUCUCAGCCGUGACGGCGACCUCGCCUGCGGAACAUGACGGUAAAGAACAUCAGUCCCACGACAUAGUAACUCACGCCGCGGCGAAAGAAAUGGCUUCGACUGAUGAAUUCAUGUCUUCGCAGGUAGAGCAGCCUCAGAUAGAGAGUCCUUUUUUAGAUUAUCCUCCCCAGCCCGUGCUUGAGCGUUCAGUUAAUUCCGGCGAGUUGGAGGAGGUACUUGCUCCGGAGCAGGGUGACGAAACCCCUGCUAUCCAUGAGCCUGAACUGUUGACGAAGGAGGAGGACCUUGAAGGUGAAGGUCAGAAGGAAGAUGGUGAGAAGCCACAGGAGGAGUUGGUUGAACUUGCACCUAGUGCAGAGGAGAUGUCGUCUGUGCCGGAAGCAGACUAUCUCUCUGGAGAGAAGGCUAUUGAAGAGACACCUGUGGAUGUGCCAGAGGAAGUUGUCCCUGAGGUACAGCCGGGGGAAGCUCCCACGGAGGAGACUUCAGAGACAGCUUUGUCAAAGAAGCAGAAAAAGAAAAGCAAGAAAAAGAACAGAAAGCAAGAGGAGGACAUAGUCGAGGAAGCUCCAGCACCCGAGCUUGAAACCGCUAUCACAGAGGAAAAGGAACAGCCUGAAGCCGUGACUUUUGCCGAGCCUGAAUCGGUACCGGAGCCAGAGGAGAAGACAGCAACCGAGCCUGAGCCUGUUGCGGAGACCGAAGCAGUGUCAGCCUCCGAGGAGCAAUCCACUGACCAGCCGAAGGAUGUCGAAGAACCUUCCGCGGUUCAGCCAAUCGAGGCCGUUGAAGCUACCAAUGAGCCCACUGUCCCGGAGGCUGAACCUGUUGGCCCUGCUAGUGAAGAACCCGAAUCAGCACCUGUCACCAAACUGAGCAAGAAAGACAAGAAGAAGCAGCGCCAAUUGCUCCUUGCCCAGGAAGCUGAAGCUAAGCAACGACUCGAAGAACAGCCAGCUCCCGAGGCUACUGAGGCUGCUGUCCCGGAAUCUGAAAUUGCAACGGAUGCUACGACUGCCGAUGAAAAGCCGCAGGAUGAUCCUGUUGAUGACGCAGAGGAGACUACUGUGAAGCCUAGUGAUGUCACCGAGGAGACCGCUAAGGAGAUUGAGCCGUCAGCCCAGGAGGCUGAAGGGCCAGUUCCAAUUCAAGAGCCCGAAAGCGGAGAGCGCUCAAUCGAACUUCCGUCAGGCGAUCUGAAGACAGAGGAGAUCGUGGAAGAAACUGCCACCCAGACCCCAGCAGAGAACAUGAAUGCUGAGCAACCCUCCGAGCAAGCUUUGGCUGAGCCCGCCAUUGAGCCCGAGGCUGAGGCGCCCACUACCUCCAAGAAAUUGAGCAAGAAGGAGAAGAAGAAGGCGGCAGCCGCCGCCGCAGCCGCCGCCACUCUGCUCGAGGAGGAGAAUAGCGCCAAGGGAUUGCCUGCAGCCGAAGAGCCAUUGUCCUCUGUGCCGCAAGCCCCAGAGGAGCCCACCGAACAACCCACUGUUGAUCUGCACCAAUCCACAGAAGCUCACGAUGGGCCCCAGCCCGAGCCAGAAAAGAGCAUUGACGAGGCACAGGAACUGGCAGCCUCCGAGCCAAAAGAUGACGAACCUGCUGAGCAGCAGGCUGUCGAGGCUCCCGAAAACACGAAGCCUCUCGCGCCAGAGGUGAGCCUCGAGCAGCCCAUGGAAGAGCCCACCGAAGACUCAAUUGUUGCUGAACAUAUUUCUCGCAAACUGUCAAAGAAAGAGAAGAAAAAAGCCAAGAAGCAAGAACAGCAAGGACUGAUCGUGUCGACUUCUCAUGCCGAGGAAUCUGUUCCCGCUCCUGAGCCUGAAACAACAGAGGCUGUUCCCGAAGAAAGCACCAAGGAGUUCUCUGCUCCGGAGCCGGGGUCUCUCGCUCAGGAGACCUCUCAGGAGACCUCCCAGGAGACUCCUGUUGAGCCCGAGAGCAUCGCAUUGGAAGACAAGCAACCACUGGAGAGCGAGAAAGACCAUGAGUUUGUCUCCCAGGAUCUAUCCAAUGAGUCCGAGCCCGCAGAAGCGGUGGUUCAGGAACAAACAACCUUUGACCAGCCCGCUGCAGCGGAGGAGCCCAUCGAGAAGAAUGUCGAGGAGGACGUUGAAGUUGCUGGGCCUCCCACGCAAGAACUCGAAAAAGCAGCUGAUCCCGAAGAUCAGCCCGCGGAAUCUGAAGUGACGCCGGCUUUGUCCAAGAAGAUGUCGAAGAAGGACAAACGCAAGGCCAAGAAGAAGGGUGUUGCCGACGAGCCCAAAGAGAUAGACAGCCAGCCAGCGGAACCUGUGUUUGAGCCCGAAGCUCCACGCGAACUUGACUCUGCCGCAAAGCCUACACCAGUUGCAGAGCGAGAGCUGCCGAUUGAUGCUCCAUCUGCGACUGAAGAGCAACCCGCACCUGCACCCGAGGCUGAGUCUGAGACCGUACUUGAUCCUACGCAGACUGAGCCGGAGCAUGUUGCCGAGAAAGAAACUUCUCUUUCACGCAAAGCUUCCAAGAAGAAGGCGAAGAAGGCUAAAAAGGCCAGCCAAGGACUGGAUCUUGAGCCACAGACUGAGGUCCAGAACGAGACCGAUCACCAAGCUGCCAUCGCGCCCUUUGAAGACGACGCCCUCAAGCCUCGAGAUACCGAGCUUGCGGAUGCACCUGUCGAAAAGGCAAACCAGGAAGACGAAAACUGGCCCGCGAUUGACUGGGAACAUGCAAAAGGUGAACAUGGGCAGCAAUUUCGGGACACAGUUCCUGAGCCUGAGUCCGAGCCUGUGAUCCCACCAAACCCCGAGAUUAUUGGGGAAUUUGAGGAUUCUACAACCCCCAAAGAUCUGCAGGGGCCUACAGAACCUACCGAAGAAGACGCUUGGUCUGCGCCGCUGAGCAAGAAAGACAAGAAGAAAGCCAAUAAGAACAAGAAGCAAUCGCAGCAAGCAGAUCUUGAGGAAUCUGAAGCCUUGCCUGAGAUCUCCUAUGACAAAGGCGUUAAGAAAACCACCCCCGAAAGUCUACAAGAACCUACUGAGAUCAAGGAGAUCCGCGGUGGAUUCAAGCGGCCAACUCCGGACAAGCAAACACCGUCGCUAAAAGAUAGUGCUGAGGAAGAGACAACAGCGGGAGCCAGUCGCGACAUUGCUAUCCCUGUCUUGGAAGCACCCAGACGGACGACUGAAGUCACAGAGGUUGCCAAAGAUACCAGUGGCGAGGUACCCAGCAGUCUCCAAAGGCAAAUCGAAUCUUCAAUCUCGCAUGACGAGCCCCUAGCCGAAGUUACUACAGCUAUGGAAGAACAAUCAAGGGAGCUAGACUUCUCGGUGCAUGGCGAGAAGUCCUUGGAUGCGCCAUUCUCGCUGCCAGAGCCCUCUAAGGAGCCUUCUUCUCCUGCCAAGAACCUUGUAUCUCAGGUGGCAGCCGGUGAAGACCUGUCUGGACUGCGUCGCUCACCAUCAAUCCAUGGACGACACGAAAAGACACCUCGGACGUGGAGCUUGGAUGAGCCCUCUGUACCAGCUCUCGCUCCAUCCCCACCUCGGUCGCUCUUCGGCCCUGACGAUGUCUACGCUCGACCCCGUACACCGCUUGAUACAAUCGCGGAACAAGAACCAAGGGAUGGCCAUGGAGCAACCACGGGUCGCCGCGGGACGCCCCGUCUGGAGAUCAAACCCGAACAUGUUCUUCCACGACCUCAAACUCCUGUUCGCAAGUUCACAGAUACUGCCUUUGACCGGGAGUCAUGGCCUACGCCCGAAAACGAGAGCCGAAAGGGCUCCCGGGAAGAUCUGAAACGCGAAAUUACAAAAACGCCUGAGCAGGUCUUAAAGCCCAGCACCAGCAGCGGUAAGCUGCGUCGGACAAAUCGCAGCACUAGCGGCGAUCUGCGGGCGGCUAGUCUUGCAGGUUCCCAGCCUUCGGACCUCGAUCAGCUUCCCUCUUCUUCCUCUUACGACCCCGUCACUGACAAGGGCAAACGUCCGGUGCGCAAUAUGUCGGAUGUCUAUGAGGGAUGGGGUGAGACGCCCAGCUCCCCACGGUCGCCCAGCCGACCACCUAGUGUCCGUCGUCGCCGCAGCAUGCAACACUUGCAAGAUAUCGAAACCCGUCUCGACCAACUCAUUUCCGAAAACCGUCUGCUCAUCGCCGCCCGCGAUGAAGCCGAAUACAACUUAAAACACUCCAGCGUCGCUCGCCGAAAGAGCGACCGGGCCCUCAACACCCGCGAUGGUGACCUGCGCGACAAGGAAGCCGAAGUGGAACAAUUGAAGAGCUCGGUGGAGUGGCUGCAGAAGGAGACGACCCGUCUGUCCCAGGAGAAUGAAGGGUUAGCAGCGUCCAAUGCUGCCCUCGCCGCCGCCCACGCUGCCGAAGUGAACAAUGUCCGCGAAUCCUCCACGCGCGAACUCGAGGACCUACGGUCGCAACACACUCAGCUUUCGUCCCAGGUGGAUGAUCGAGUCCGACAAGAGAUUGAAACAGCUCUUGCGCAAAAAGAUAUCGAGUUGCGUCGUCUUCGCACCGAACUUGAGGAGACUCGCGACAAGGUCAAGGAGCUACAACAACAAAUCUCAGCGUCAGUUCAUGACAAUGCUCUCGUCUUCCGAGACGAAGAAUACUUCGACGCUGCCUGCCAGAAGCUCUGCGGCCACGUCCAAUCUUGGGUGCUGCGCUUCUCCAAGCAUAACGACAAGCGUCGCUGCCGCUCGCUCAGUGAGUUGCACGACGAGAAGAUCGCAGACCGGUUCGACAACGCCCUUCUCGACGGCUCCGAUCCCGAUGCAUACCUUUCCGACCGUGUUCGUCGCCGCGAUGUCUUCAUGUCGGUGAUCAUGACCAUGGUCUGGGAAUACGUUUUCACUCGUUACCUGUUUGGUAUGGAUCGCGAGCAACGUCAAAAGCUCAAGUCCCUUGAGAAACAACUAGGUGAAGUUGGUCCAAGCCGCGCUGUCCACCGCUGGCGAGCCACCACCCUGACCCUCCUUUCCCGGAGACCAGCCUUUGCCGCUCAGCGCGAGAGCGACACAGAGGCUGUCACCUUGGAGAUCUUCAAGACCCUGUCCAAGGUCCUCCCUCCCCCCUCCCACGUUGAGUCGCAGCUCUUGGACAGCCUUCGCAAGAUCAUGCGAGUAGCAGUUAACCUGUCCCUGGAGAUGCGCACUCAGCUGGCGGAGUUCAUUAUGCUCCCGCCCUUGCAGCCUGAGUACGAUACCAAUGGCGACCUUGCACGGCAGGUGUAUUUCAAUGCUGCAUUGAUGAAUGAGCGCAGUGGUCUCACCAACGACAAUGGCGAGCUGGAAGCCCAGCAGUCUGUUGUUCGCAUCGUGCUCUUCCCUCUCGUCGUCAAAAAGGGCAAUGAUGUGGGCGAGGGCGAUGACGAAGUUGUCGUCUGUCCCGCUCAGGUUCUCAUUGCCCGUCCUGGCAAAGACAAGAGAGUAUCAAGGAUGACAAGUGGUGAUCGUAUGUCGAUAGAUGCCACCAAGUCGGUCCACAGCAUGGCACCAUCGUCUAUGAUGGACGUGAGUAAUAUGAUCUGA